CUGACGUCAUUCCAAUACGGAAGAAACAAAGACCGCAAUUCAGCGCUAGUUCAGGAGGACGCGUGCAGUUAGCUGGAGAUGAUUCGGUGUUAUUACACCAUGAGGAGAUCUGUGGAACACAUUAAUAAUUGGAACGUUAAGAUUUAACAGCGUUAAUAAGGUUGACCUUUGUGCUUUUGGCAUGCGGGAUAGUUCCAGUCAUGGCGUUGUCUGAGCUCUGGGCAGUUAUUUUAGCUGCCUGCAUUAGCGGGGUUCACUUCAGCACAGCAGAGGAGGGUUUAUUUUACACAGCUUCAGUGUAUGAACACCAGGUUCUCCUCAACCCCCAGCCGAAAGUGGCUGUGGGACGGAAAGCCGCCCUACAGCACAUGGACCGGAACUUGGAGGUGUUUGAGACGCAGGCGACUUCCGCUGCACGGCAGGGAGCUCAGAUCCUGGUGUUUCCAGAGGACGCCAUCCAUGGAUUCAACUUCAGCAGAGAGUCUAUAGCUCCUUAUCUGGAGACGGUGCCGGAUCCUGGAGCAGUGACGUGGAGCCCGUGUGCCGAUCCUGACAGAUUCCAAAAUACAGAGGUCCUGCAUCGUUUGAGCUGCAUGGCUCAGAAGAAUAGUCUCUUCCUGGUGGCCAACAUGCCCGACUGCCAGCCCUGCAACAGAUCAGUGGAUCCGCUGUGUCCGGCUGACGGACGCUACCAGUUUAACACAGAUGUUGUUUUUAGUGACAACGGCACCAUCGUGGCCAGAUACCACAAACAGAACCUGUACUUCGAGGCAGCCUUCGACACACCCCCUGCGUGUGAGUACGUGACGUUCACUACUCCGUUUGCCGGGCGCUUUGGGGUGUUCACCUGUUUUGAUAUAUUAUUCCGGGAGCCGGUCGUGACCCUGGUGAAGGACAUGGGCGUCAGACAGUUUGUGUACCCAACAGCUUGGAUGAACCAGCUCCCCCUGCUGGCUGCUGUGCAGUUCCAGCGCUCCUUCUCUUAUUCAGCCGGCGUCACUUUGCUGGCUGCAAACAUCCGCUCGGCAGCUAUGGGUAUGACAGGAAGUGGGAUUUUUACACCCUGGGAUGCGCUUUACCAUCACGACACAGAGGGCGAGACUGGGAAACUGCUGGUGCUCCGAGUGCCGGUCUUGGAUCCCUUAUUGCUAGGGGACGCUCCAGAGAGGGCUAGAUUGAAGUUAGUGCCCUUUUCUGGCUUCCCCAAAAUGGAUCUCGCAGAGAAAACAGAGUUUGAACCAUUCCAGAGAGAAUUAGACUCAGGAUUUUGUCUAAAAGAGGAUUCCAGUUGUAACAUACAGUCUUCUCCAUUUACCUCCACAAUGAUGUAUGAUAAAUUUACACUGGUGCCUGUUCACGGCAAAGAAGGGAAUCUCACAGCAUGUGAUGGCUCAUUCUGCUGCCACUUGCUCUUCCAGAAGAUAAAUCCCUCCCCCGAAGAGGAGCUUUAUGCCCUGGGGGCAUUCGACGGCCUCCACGUGGUCCAUGGGACGUACUACCUAGAGGUGUGUGCUGUAGUUCGAUGCACAGGCCUCCAUCAGGAAAGCUGUGGAGGAGAGAUUGAGCAUGCGCACAUGCUGAUGGACUUUCACCUCCAUGCAGCGUUCACUACUGAGCACGUGUUCGCCGGAGUACUGGGCAGCGGGAUGACUCUGGACCGACCGGACGAGUCCGGCUGGAAGAACGGCAGCUUUUAUAUGAGCCGGAGAGGAAUGAGCAGCGGCCUGGUGACCGCAGUGCUGUACGGGAGAGUCUAUGAGAAAGACAGUGAAUGAAGCAACACAGCUCUCGUUCUUCAGUAUUGGAUCCAUGUUCUGUGGGUGAGUGCAAAAGUUUGUGCGCCCCCAUGGGUUUUAAAAAUGGAAAAAGGACCUCUAUUUUACAAUUUCACUACAAAUAAUAGUCUUCUAAGACGACUAUUGAUACAAACAGAUUUGCUGCGAUGGCUUUGAGCUGCAGUUUUGCACUGAAGCCUCAUCAGUGAAGCCUCAUAACUUUAACAAGACAAGAAUAUUAAAACUAGAAGCAAUUUCCUGGUGACACAAUUGCACUUUCCGACCAAACGGAAGGGAAAUGUUUUAUAAAUCACGCUCUCCGGUGUCACCCAGGCGAGGAUGGAUUCCCUUUUGAGUCUGGUUUCUUCCUCACAUCACUACAGGGAGUUUUUCCUCAUCACCAUCACAUAUGACCUUCUCAUUAGGAUCAAAUUUAUACAUUUAUAAUGUAUUUCCUGAAUUUUGAUCCAUUGAAUUAAAAGCACUAGACAAGUAAAUUGAACUGAAAUGAAACAUGAAGCAAAAGAGUUUGGACUUUUGGUUGCCAUAUUUCUAAAAAUGAAAUAAAUGAACUGGCUGCUUCAGUGGCUUUUUACUGCUCUGAAAUGAAUCCCUUUUCUUUACCCUUUUAAUAGGUUCUGUAAUGCACCUUUUGCUGUAACCCUAAGCACAAUCAUUAAACUCUCAAAUUACAGACACAGAAUGAGAUUUUCCUGCUUUAAAAUAGUUCUGUUUUGCCGUCUUGUUUCUCAUGCAGGAGGAUUUGGAGCAGAUUAUUAUGACCAGCGUCUUGUCAUUCGGAGUAAAUACACGGUUUAUUGUGAGCAUCUUUAGGGACUGCCCGACUAACAGGAAUCACAUGUCCUGUGUUGAAAUGGGUUAAUCAAAUCAGUGCUUAUUCCAGAACUGCCCUUAUUGAGGUGUGACAAAAAUAUUCAAGAUUUAUUUAAUCAUUCGAACAAUGCACGCAAGUGGCCAGACUUACCCUUUAUAAAAGGUUACUUUUUUUUGUUGAAACACAUACAAUCACACACACAAGCACACACAUAAACGCACUUCGUUUCUCUAUAACAAAUGUUGCGAUUCGCCAAAAACCAGCACUCGGUGUGUGUAAACCCUGUCACGUCUAUAGCUGGUCUCAGACUCGUGGGUAAGAAAUGCGUCAGAAUGCCCUUUUAAUUAACGACGCUCCGGGGUAGAAAUCUGUCUGUCUUGGUUAAUCGGUUUCCGGAGGUUUGCGCUUAACAUUCACGGCAGUCUGUAAUGUCCGAGUCUCGUAGUUAAUAAUAAAUUAACUUCAGCUAAAAGUAAAAGAAACAAACAAACAAAAAAAAAAAA